AUGCCCCCGACGAUGACCGCCUCUACUUCCUCCAUAACCGCCCCACCGCAAAAUGCCUCGAGCAGUAACAGCAAUACUCCUCGAUCCUCGACUCCUACAACAACCCAGCCGCAGGCCUCCCAAAACAUCUCUUCGCUGGUAGCAACUAUCCUCAAAACGUCCGGACGGGAACCGCCGCCACUUGUGGGCUCGUCAACAACAAUUAUCGGCGAUACCCUCUACGCAUUUGGUGGUCGGUUGCUUUCACGGACAAAGUCCCAGCUAACAUGCGAUAUGUAUGCGCUCGAUUUGAUCACUCGAUCAUGGUCAAAACUAGAAGCAAGAGGAGAUAUUCCACGGCCGAGAUAUUUUCACAGUGUCUGUGCGUUAGGGGGCACGAAGCUAGUCUGUUUUGGUGGCAUGUCGCCUGCGGCCACCAGCCCUCCACAAACCAAUGGAACCAGUGGUACAAAUGGGAAUACUGCUACUUCGCCCGGAGGAGACUCACAAAAUGAUGUUAUGGUCAUGUCGGAUAUACACAUCUACGAUAUUCUCUCGCAAACAUGGACUUACAUACCUACAUUGAACCCACCGGAGGGGCGAUAUGCUCAUUGUGCGACCAUACUCCCAACAAGUGCAACUUUCACAUCCACAAACAGCGUAGCCGCACCCCUUGUUGGGGGCCUUGGGCUUGAAGGUUUUGGAGGUGCGGAAAUGGUAAUUGUGGGCGGUCAAGAUUCUGCGAAUCAUUAUAUCGAGGAGAUCAACGUUUUCAAUCUUCGAUCCUUGAAAUGGACAUCAACCACACCGUUGGAUAGGUCUUGCGGGGCAUAUAGGUCGGUUGUUGCGCCGUUGGGUCGGGGAUUGACCGCAUCAUCUAUCGGAGCGGGGCGCAAUAGUCCGUACAUGGGUCCAGAAGAAAAUCCGCCCUUCCCCGCCGCCGCAAAUGGCCAGUCUACUUCUCAGGUUCAGACGAGUGAAACUAAUGCUAUGUUGAUCUACUCAAACUAUAACUUUCUGGAUGUCAAGCUCGAGUUGCAGAUUCGGCUACCGGAUGGCACCCUUACCGAGAGGCCCAUGAACGGGCAAUUCUCGCCACCCGGUCUCCGGUUUCCCAAUGGCGGGGUUCUGGAUAACCAUUUUGUCGUCAGCGGCACUUACCUGACGAGCAGCAAACAGGAGUACGCUCUCUGGGCCUUGGAUCUACGAACACUUAUCUGGUCACGUAUUGAUGCGGGCCAAGCAUUUGCCCAGGGAUCAUGGAACAGGGGAAUUCUAUGGAGUAAACGUAAUGCCUUUUUGAUAUUGGGGAAUAAGAAUCGGUCUCUAGUGGAGGAUUAUAAUCAUCGCCGGAUUAAUUUCUCUCAUCUGUGCAUGGUUGAAUUGGAAGCAUUUGGUUUAUAUGAGAAUCCAAGAAUGGACUCUCGCUCGUCCCUUCAACGCUCCUGCUCUGUUGCGGCGCAGGAGCUCGGUAGGAUGGUACUCGGCAUGAAAGAAAUGGCUGAUAUGGAAUUUCUCGCUGUCGGCGGUGAGCGUGUUCCUGUCAAUUCGCGAAUUGUAGCUCGCCGCUGGGGGCCAUACUUCCUUGGGCUGCUGAAUGCAUCAAACAAAGAACUUCCUUCACCAACUGGGAAGAACCACAACUCAGCCGCUACAAUAACGCAACAAUCACUUUCCCAGUCGGCUCAAAAGUCGGAAAUACAACCUCCCACAACCGCGCAAUUUAAUCCAUUGGAUCGCCCACGAACUUUAUAUCUCCCACACACCCUCCAGACAUUAGUUACUCUUGUUCACUACCUCUACACAUCUACCCUUCCCCCGCCAAACCACCCUCAAUCAUCCCCACAAAUUCUCUGUUCCCUCCUACAAAUCGCCCAACCAUACCAGGUAGAAGGCCUUUUAGAGGCUGUGGUCGAGCGCCUCCACCAGGUCCUCGAUGGUAGGAAUGCCGCGGCAGUCUUCAAUGCUGCAGCCAUGGCCGCUGGUGGUGGCAACGGUGGAAAGCGUGAGCCAGUGGAAAACCCUGGUGGCACAGGAGACGAAUGGAGAGGCGGAGUCAGCAGCGUGAUCGGUCUACAAAAGCGAGGCCUAAGGGGCCUGAUGGAGGGAAGGCGAAUGCGAGAAAGGGGAAGGAGCAUGGGAUCAACCGGGACUGGAACAAAGUCCUCCGGGGCACAAACAGAUCAAGGGACUUUCGGCGUUGGAGUUGGAGCUUCCUAAUGCGGAUACGACGGGUUGUCUUUACUUUUUUCGGAUUUGUUUGACGGCAGGCAUAGAUGGGCUUUGUUGGAUUGGUUUAUUUAUUUAUUUAUUUGGUAUUUCGUGCUCUGGAAACGAGAGGGGGGGUGUAAAGGGAGGGGAAGUCUAUUUCGUCGACGUUGUUUCCAUGCAGAUGGCAUGUACUACCUGCAUAUUUUAAUAUUUCAUACAAAGCGAUGUUAUGCUUUCUUUAUUUUCAACAUCCCCCCCCUUCCCUCCCCGUUUUUUCUCCCCGUUUUUUUCCACGAAACUGUCCUCAUUUUUUAUACCUUUUUUCAAAUCCACGACAUGAAUGAUACCCAUGUUUUUCUUAUCUAUCUUCGCGAUGCAAAGAUCGGAAGAUUGGCUGUAUAUAUUCUAUUUCUAGUCCCCGAGAUGGGAAAGCGGGUGAGUGAGGAAAAAGGGUCGAAUAUAUUCUGUUUGAGUGAUGGUGACAUUUUUUUCCCCGAAAGUAUAUGAUGAAGCAGCCUUGGAGAUUUGUUCCGCGUUCUC